UCCCGGAGCUGGGACGGAAGUCGCACAAGUAAAAUUAGUUUCAGUUUUGUUUCUCUUUCAGGCACCGGAGAACAGCAGCAUCCAGGCCUCAGACCCCCACUCCUGGUCCUGGAGCCCAAGGUCAGCUCAGUCCAGCAUGGUGUCCCAGGCAUCCUCACCGUCUCUGCUGGAGGCCCUGAGCAGCGACUUCCUGGCCUGCAAAAUCUGCCUGGAGCAGCUUCGGGCGCCCAAAACCUUGCCCUGCCUGCACACCUACUGCCAGGACUGCCUGGCUCAGCUGGCUGAGGGCGGCCACCUCCGAUGCCCCGAGUGCCGAGAGACUGUGCCCGUGCCACCAGCAGGCGUGGCCGCCUUCAAGACCAACUUCUUUGUGAACGGGCUCCUGGAUUUGGUGAGGGCUCGGGCUGGUGGAGACCUGCGCGCAGGCAAGCCAGCCUGUGCACUGUGCCCCCUGAUGGGGGGCGCCAGUGCUGGGGGGCCAGCCACAGCCCGGUGCCUGGACUGUGCCGAUGACUUGUGCCAGGCCUGUGCUGACGGGCACCGCUGCACCCGGCAGACUCACACCCACCGAGUGGUGGACCUGGUGGGCUACAGGGCGGGGUGGUAUGAUGAGGAGGCCCGGGAGCGCCAGGCAGCCCAGUGUCCUCAGCACCCAGGCGAGGCCCUGCGCUUCCUUUGCCAGCCUUGCUCCCAGCUGCUGUGCCGAGAGUGCCGUCUGGACCCCCACCUGGACCACCCCUGCAUGCCUCUGGCCGAGGCUGUGCGUGCCCGGAGGCCAGGCCUUGAGGAGCUACUGGCAGGUGUGGAUAAGAACCUGGCUGAGCUAGAGGCCGCCCGGAUGGUGGAAAAGGAAGCCUUGUCCCAGCUGCGGGAGCAGGCUGCCAGGGUGGGGACGCAGGUGGAGGAGGCCGCCGAGGGGGUCCUCCGGGCCCUCCUGGCCCAGAAGAAGGAGGUGCUGGGGCAGCUACGGGCCCAUGUGGAGGCUGCUGAGGAGGCUGCUCGGGAAAGACUGGGGGAGCUAGAGAGCCGGGAGCAGGUGGCCAGGGCGGCGGCCGCCUUUGCCCGUCGGGUGCUCAGCUUGGGCCGUGAGGCUGAGAUUCUCUCACUGGAGGGGGCGAUUGCCCAGAGGCUCCGGCAGCUGCAGGAUUGUCCCUGGAUGCCUGGACCAGUCCCCGGCCUGCCGCCCCAGUUGGAGCUCCAUCCUGGGCUCCUGGAUAAGAACUGCCACCUGCUGUGGCUCUCCUUUGGGAAGCAGCAGCCCCAGAAAGACAGUGGGAAAGACGGAGCAGGAAGCCAGGGAGGUGAGGAAACCGAGAGCCUGAGAGGGGACGAAGCCAAGACAGAGAGACAAAGUGAAGUCCAGCCCCAGAGUAAAGAUGGAGCCCAGACCCCAAAGGAGGACAGAGCCCAGACGCCCCAGGAAGAUGGAUCCCAGGCCCCAAAGGUGGAGAGAGCGCAAACCCUGAAAGAGGACAGAGCCCAGACUCCCCAAGAAGAUUGGGAAGCCCAGAUUCCAAGGGGCGGCAGAUCCAACAAGAAGAGGAAGUUCAAAGGCAGGCUCAAGUCAAUUUCCCGGGAGCCCAGCCCAGCGCCUGGGCCAAACCUGGAGGGCUCCGGCCUCCUCCCCAGGCCCAUCUUUUCCUGCAGUUUCCCCACACGGAUGCCCGGAGACAAGAGGUCUCCCCGGAUCACUGGGCUCUGUCCCUUUGGGCCCCGGGAGAUCCUGGUGGCAGAUGAGCAGAACAGGGCUCUGAAGCGCUUCUCCCUCAAUGGUGACUACAAGGGCACAGUGCCAGUUCCCGAGGGCUGCUCCCCAUGUAGCGUGGCUGCUCUGCAGGGCGCAGUGGCCUUCUCGGCCGGUGCACGUCUCUAUCUCAUUAGCCCUGAUGGUGAGGUACAGUGGCGCCGGGCUCUGAGCCUCUCCCAAGCCAGCCACGCUGUGGCUGCAAUGCCGAGCGGGGACCGGGUGGCUGUCAGUGUGUCAGGCCACGUGGAGGUGUACAACAUGGAAGGCAGCCUGGCCACCAGGUUUAUCCCUGGGGGCAAGGCCAACCGGGGCCUGCGGGCACUGGUGUUUCUGACCACUAGCCCUCAGGGCAAUUUUGUGGGGUCAGAUUGGCAGCAGAAUAGCGUGGUAGUCUGUGACGGCCUGGGUCAGGUGAUUGGAGAGUAUGGGGGGCCAGGCCUGCAUGGCUGCCAGCCAGGCUCCGUGUCUGUGGAUAAGAAGGGCUAUAUCUUUCUGACCCUUCGUGAGGUCAACAAGGUGGUGAUCCUAGACCCGAAGGGGUCACUGCUUGGAGACUUCCUGACAGCCUAUCAUGGCCUAGAAAAGCCCCGGGUGACCACCAUGGUGGACGGCAGAUACCUGGUUGUGUCCCUCAGUAAUGGGACCAUCCACAUCUUUCGGGUCCGCUCUCCUGACAGUUAAAGGGCUAGGACUGGAGUGGAACUGGGUGGGAUUGGGGAGGGAGUAGGUUGGGAGGAGGGAGACAGGGCUGCCAUGGGACACGGUGGCCAAGAGCAUUUUCCCAGAGGGCAGGUGUUGGCAACCUUCCAAAGUGAAGUGCCACACUGCCAACCACUCUUUGUGUGUGCAGGGAUAGGGACCGAGGGUGGUGGCAUGACCAUAGCUCUCAGAAGCAGAGGAGAAGAUUUGGUAACAUGGUGGGAGUUAACCAUGCCUUUUGUUUUUGUGGUUGAUUGUCCCCCCAUCGCCGCCAUCCCCUCUGCCACUGUCGUUAUAGUUAAGUUCCUGAGAUUUGUAAGCUUGUCCUGAUUUGCAUUCUUCAAAACAACUCCUGGUGGAGGAGCCCCGUGAGAGUCUUAGGGAGGUGGGCAGAAGUCCUCUGAACCCAGAAGGGCUCAGCGUAUGUCAGGUACACGCCUUCUGGAAGAUCUGAGAACCAGCUCCCCUCAGACUAGAACAGGGACAUGCCAGGUUAGAAGAGGCCUGGGAUUUUGAAAUGGCAGUUAAUGGCAUCUCCACCAGCUGCAGCCAGGCAGUAGAGGCUUCUCUGAUACUGGCGUCCCCCAUUGCGUAUGGAAUGGGCAUCAUGGGGGACCAAGUACAGAUGCUAGCUGAAGCCAAAAGGUGUUUCCCUCAGAGUCCGUGAAGAGAAUGUGCUGCUCAAGCACUGAACUUGGUAGGGUCGGAGUCUCACACACAGGGUUCUGAGUGUGAAAGAAGGGGGACCCCUGGGUCUCCUCCCUGCCACCCUCAACCCAUGACCUAUGUAGGAUGUAAAAUCUCUUCUGUGUUGAUAUCAUUACAUUUCCUGGAGACCAUUUUUAGUUUCCCCUUAGUUUUCCCGAAAACUUCCUUUUGAGAAAUUUUGGCCUUCAUUUGGCUGAACUAAGGGGUGAAGGAACUUGUCCUUCGGUAGGCCAUGGCUGCUGGGGAAAACAACCUGAUUCUGGAGGCCAGGUGUGGGAUUGGGGAGACAAACCAGCCAGGAAACCUGAGAAGUUGGUAGUGGGGCUGAGAUGGUGGAGGAGUGAAAACCAGAGGGAAGGAUCUAGUCGGAGGUGGGCCACAACCGCUGGUCCUUUGCUCAGGCCAUGACAGCGGUGGAACUGAGGUAGACAUGUUUAGAUAGAGGCUGUCGAGAGAUGACCUAAGGGAAUCUUAAUUAGGGAUCAUGGAAAUGGAGCGUUCAUGGGAACCAGAAGGAUUUCGGACAAGUCCAGAUGGAAAGCACAAGGUGGGGAAAAGAAAAUCCUUUUCUGGAGAGGUUAUUGCUUGUUUAUUGAAGUGAUAGGGAAAAUCAUCAAUGUCAAGUGGACAAGUUCAAUUAUGUAAAAAUUUGAAAGGUAUACACAGCAAAGAACAAGGCAGAUCCAAAGAAAACCAGUAAGAGGAGAAAACUGAGUAAGAGCUGAGUCUCCGUAUAUGCAGUGACCAAGAGAUCUUACUUGGUCAAAGGACGAAAUAGGCUGGGCGCCCAGGAGGAAACGCACACAGGCCAGGACCAGUAAACAAAAAGAUUAAAAAAAAAAAAGUCAACCACUUGCAUCAAAUCUGUCAAAAAUACAUUUUAAAAGUAAAUUGUUAUGUUGUGGAGAAAUAGACUUCUGACAUUAUAAAAUGAUGCUUCCUGGACAGCAGUUUGGCAAUACUUGAUAAGGGUGAAAAAAAGAAAAUGACCAUAAGACUCAGUUAUCUCACUUUGGGGAAUACAUGCUGAGAAAAUAAUUCUAAAGAAAAACAGCAUUUGCACAGACAUAUUUGUGGCCACCCUAUAAAUUAGUCGACUAGAAACUGCUCAGCUGUGGGGGGACAGCUAAGUAGAUUGUGGUCUAUUAGGACAAUGAGCUAUGUCUUUAUGGAUGGCAACUAUGAAAACUAUUUACAAGAAUAUGAUGUUAUGCAAUCAUAAGCAAAAGAAAGAUCAUUUUGAAUUAUGAUCACAUAAUGAUAGCAACAAGGUGAAAGUAUGUCUGAAUCAUUACCGAGUGGAAAUGGGUUCAAAAUGUGUAAAUAGUGAUUUGGGAGAUUGGGUUCUUUUUGAGAUAUUUUGUGCUGUUAUUCAUAUAUGCACAUUUCUACUUCAGUUAUUACUGUCCAUUAAGUAUCAUAUAUGCUUGAAUAUUUACUUAAAAAAAUACACCUCUAUAAACGAUAUACAAGAAUAGCUACUGGAUUUACAAAUGAAUGUGUCACUUAGCACAAAUGAGACUGUCCUGUUAGAGGAGGGACAGGAGUUAGAGAGAGAGUGCCAGCUGGCCGGGUGUGGCAGGGAGGAGGGGCCAUCAGAGCAGGGGCCUGUCUGAUGACUGACUAAGGAACUCACUCUGGGAAGGUUUGCAGAGGUCAGGCGGUCCCCUCAGGUGGUGGGAUAAUUAUGGAGUGUCCAGAAGGCAGGAAGGGGUCUUGUUGAGUUCACCAGCAAAUUCAGACUAACUGGAAACCAAGCGGUGGUUCUAAGGAACCAGCUAGUAUAGGUGAGUUGCAUUGGUGGGGAGGGUCUGUCUUCUUUGCAGUCCUAUCUGCAGAGUUAACAUAGUGAUGGCUCAUAGUUGGUGCUCAGUAAACGUGUGUGAAAUGAAUUAAUAUCUAGAAAAGGGAGAGUACAAUGGUAAGACAAGAGAUUUGCCACCUUGAAUGCCACGUAGUCCAAAACCUUGGCUUAUAGGAAAUCUCCAGUAGGGGGCACUGUGGACAUAGUCCACCAUAUGCUUCCCAGGGUAUGGCUCUGCAUCUAGUCACGAGAGAUGAGAUUGGAGUAUCCAUCUUAUGUGUGUGGAGGGGAUUCUGGGGGAUCAUAUACCUUCAGGUUGGAACAACAGCUCUACAGAGCUGUAUGGGAACCAUAUGCUGAGAGCCUGGCUGGUGAAGAAAUGGCUCCAGCCCAUGUGGCUCACCCAGGAGGUAAAGCAGGAAUAGCGACCUUCAGAAAGGAAAUGUCACCUGGCUGCAAGGAGAGAAUUCCACAGAUCCUCCAGACAUGCAGGAGCCACAUGGCUUUCCAGGAAGCUGUAAGCAUCCUGAGAAGCCGGGUAUUGGAAGGCUGACAGAAAUAUGAAAUUUUCCUCAUUAAGGGGUAGAGGUGGAAAGGCAGAGAAUACAGCAAAAUAUGAAAUGGAUGGGAAGUAUAGCAUUGAGCUAAUUUAGAGGUAAAAUCCCCAGUAUCUUAACCGUGACCCGGAAAUCCUAAUGAACCCCACAGAAAGCACUACUCAGCACCGAGUGAAAGAGUUCUUGGUUAAACUACAGGGGAAUCUUGUGAAAAAUAACAGCACACGCCAACCCCUACCCCCACCCCACAUCGGACUGUGACAAUUAACUUGCUUAAUCAUUUCUUUUCCUGUUUGGAACUUUACAGGUUAUGCACAUACUGGCGAAAGGAGAAUGCCGUUCGUUUGGGUAGGAGAAAGGGAGUUUGGGUAGGAGAAAACUUCUUUCAUUUUCUUUGCACCUAAAAAACUGAACUAGGAAGCAGAGACCUGGGUUGAGUGCUGGCUCUUCCACUAAAUAGCUGUGUGAUCUUGGUCUAGCUCCCUAACCUCUUUGAACUUCAGUUUUUACAUCAGUAAAAUGGGGAGAAUAUCCAAUCCAUCAUGCCCACCUCACAAGGUUGCUGUGAGGACUGGGUGAGAAGCAUAGAAGUAUUUUGCAUACCAGAAAUCUCAAAUCCAAAGUAUUGGUUGGGAGAAAGUUCAACUGACUCGUACUAACCUAACCUCCCGUCAGUAUAAGCUUGAAUGGGAUGUUAUGUGCACAUAUUGUGAGGUAAAAGCCCAAGAAUGUGUGGGUAGAGCUGUUACUUGCUUCUCCUUUGGAGAAGGCUGUUUUAUUUUGCAUUCCAGCAUUAUUUGAAGAAGCCAUAUGCUAAGACACAACCGAGACUGUAGGAACAGAAAGGACCAAUGGCCAGCUUGCUAAGACCCAAUGCUAUUUCUAAAAGCCAGCUGAGAAUCAGGCUGUACUAAUGAAGGACUGAGAACCAUAGACUUUUAGAAGAAGUUCAAAAUGGUGAGAGUGGCCAAAUCUCUUGAUAAUGUAGAGAAAAUAUAAUUUGGGAGGGAAUAGCUCUUUCACUGUAGUCUUAUUAUUACUGUCUAUAAAGCCGUGUCAUAUAACAAAUCUACAGAGAUAAAAUUCCAUAGGGGCAGAAGUCCAAGAGAGAAAUCAGAAAUCUUCCAAGGAAAUUGGUGAGGUUGGUGAUCUGAAAUGGGUAGGGUUCGAAGGUGGGUAUUAAGAUCAAGGUGUUUGACCAUCUCUUCUUGGCAGGUCAGCUGGGAACUAGAGCUAUCCCAUAAAUUCAGUGGGCGACUGGACAGAGGCACAGAGUUCUGUUUCAGGGAGAAUGCAGCUUUGGACUAGCUGGGGCAGAGAGCUGCCAGAGCACUCAAGAUCUUCCUGCAAGAGAAAGACCACAUUCCGAUGUAGGCUUAGGAAGAUUGGUAACUUGACCGGAGGUGGUAGACCCAGCCUACCUAACUGGUUCACGAAUAUAGUUUAAUUUUAAAAAAUAGAUCUUUGCGGGACCACAGAUGUCUUUGAUUGGAGAAGUGGAGAGGUACAGCAGGGUCAGGCUGGACCUCUUCUGAAGCUCAGGUGAGGAAUCUUUGGGACCAAAUAGGGAAGAGCCUAUACAUAGAGGCAAUCAGGAAGUAGGUUUGGGAGGUUUUAGAAAGCGGCUUAACUUGUCUCCAGAGAAAGUUUGAACUGGUUGGCUUAGCAACCAAGAGGGACAGGGUUGAAAAUGGAAUUGGGGCCUCAGUGUCCAUGGUGUCAGCCCAGCAAAUUUCUUUUAGUUGCAAUGGGCUGAGAAAUCUGUGUUGUAAACUCUUUCAUUCCUUUGAUUGUGUACUUUAUAUCUUCUGUUUCUUAAUAAAGUCUUU